AUGGCGCCCUUCAAUGGACCAUCGGCGACACGACCUCCAUCUUUCGGUUCUAAGCUCCCACAAUUCUUCCAAAUUGCGCAGACUCUAGUCCAAGGCGACUUGGGUAUGCUUCAGAAGACCAUUACCGAGCUUGCCACAGAGCAAGGCGUUUUGGCUAUCCGCGAAAUGAUUGACGAACGUAUAUUGUUUUGUUACAACGAUCACGAGCGCCUUUCUCUUUGGCGCAGUUGUGUUCGCCCGUUGUUCCUAGUCCUUACGGAGCCGCGAGUGGUCCGCUCGACAAUUCUAGAAGUACAUACUGGAACCCUCUACAGUGUUACCUUCGGACAUAACGCAUCUAGGCUUGAGGUUCUCUUCAACUUCUUGGUUGACCUCUCCAAGAAGUGGGAAUCACCGUUUAUCAACGAUGAUGAUGGCCCAAAAGGGCAAUUUCUAGAGCUUUGCACUGCAAUCCUCGCCAAGGUCGUCGAUUACAACAUGAAAUCUCUCCCCAACGAGAUUAUUCCCUCGAUUACUAACCAGCUACGGGAUGCUCUCAAUAUACUUGAUCGAGAUACUCGUAGCUUCUGGGGUGUACAGGCGAUGAAUCAUAUCGACCAUAUCCGGAGACGUCUAGGCAUCUUUGAAUUGAAUUCUCCAACCACACAGUUACCCAGCCAUGGUACAUUCAUCCUACGUCGUGACCUUCCAGGAGAACUGUCGGCUGAGGGGCCCCGACACGACAAUGAUUUCGAGGAUAUUAGGAAUAUCCAGAUCUUACCGACGAUGUCGGAACUAUUGGCAACCAGGGAGGAGUACCGACCCUCCCAAGACCCGUCUCAACUCCAUUUGCCGGGAAUCAAGGGUCUGAUUGACCGCCACUUCCGACUACUUCGGGAGGACACGAUCGGCCAAUUAAAACUGGCCAUAAGCGAGGAAUUACAUACCAUCGAGCAUCCUGAGAGCGAAGUUGUUACUAAGGCACAGAGUAUGAUCCGAAAGUACUCAUAUGAUGUGGCGGGUAUCGUAGAUAUUGGGUGUACCCGCAGAAUUGGCCUCGAGGUCCACCUGAAGGUCAAACAACCACCUGCUGUAAGCCUAUCAACAAAGGAAGCACGAGAGGACUGGUGGAAUCUAUCGAGGCGUCUAGAGAUAGGCGCUCUGGUAUGCUUACUAGAGAAAGGCACAGCUGUAUUCUGCGUCGUCUCUGAGUCCACGGUAAGACCGGGUUCAACCACCAAAACGACGAGAAAAACGAACAAGGAUGGUAAAGAGCGUGACUUAUACAGCAAUGAGGACUUCGCAUAUGUUAACUUAAAUCUUGCCGAGCCUAACGAAUCCGAUCUCCGAAUUAUCUUGCGAGCCUUUCAGUCUGAUCAAUCUACCCGGAGAUCCUUGGUGGAAUUCCCGGGGGUUCUCUUGCCGUCUUUCAAGCCAACUCUAUCAGCACUCCAGCAUAUAUUCAAGACGCUCGACCUACCAUUCUCCGAUAUUCUUGCGCCAACGGCUGAAAACUUAACCCAAGCUACAAUCUCACAGCCCUUGUACUCGACACAGCCCGGAUUCAGGUUCAACUUGAGGUGCAUUACUUCAGACGACCGCGACUUAUUCUUUUCUUCUCAUAAUGCAUUAGAUCCAGAAGAGCUUUGUCAUCGAUCAAGUCUAGAUGAAGGCCAAGCAAAAGCUCUUCUCAAUGCACUUGAAAGAAAUCUUGCCCUUAUUCAAGGCCCUCCUGGCACCGGAAAAAGCUACACGGGCGAGGCAAUUAUCAAGGUAAUCCUCGCGAAUAAGGAAAAGGCCAAGACAGGUCCUAUCCUCUGUGUUUGCUACACCAACCAUGCUUUAGACCAGCUUCUAGAGCAUCUCUGGCACAAUGGGAUGGGGCAGAUUAUUCGUAUCGGCUCGGGCUCCAAGUCAUCAAUUUUGGGGUGCCUGAAUCUUCGUAACAUCAGUCAAAAUAUAGAACGCACAAAGUCCGAGAAGCACGCGUCGUGGAAGUCUAUCAAAAUGCUAAGUGAUGCUGAAGAAGAGAUGAAAGAUUAUCUCACGGGGCUGAAGGCCUACGCGAUGGCCCAGAAAGUCAAAGACUAUAUUAAGGACCACGCAACGCUGUUUUAUCGCUCCAUAUUCGGCAACGACGAAGAUGGAUGGACUACUGUCACUUACAAGGACCACAAUGCGAUAUUCCAGGGCUGGAUUGACGCGGGGCUAUCGUCGGAGGACCAACCACGAGCCACCGAUACGUUGAAGGAACAAGAUCCAACCACAUUGAGCCAGCAAGAAAGAGUUUUGGUCUGUUCGAUGUGGGGCUCAGUUGUAGCCGCCAAUUUAGAAGAUGAGUUUGUCUCCCUUCAUGAUGACUACAUGGGGGCCAAGGAGGAGUAUGAGAAUGUGUCUCGGGAAGUGGACCUCCGGGCACUCGAAGAAGCCGAUAUCAUUGGCGUUACGUCGACAGGCCUUGCCAAGAACCUAGAUAUGCUUCGAAGGCUUAGUAGUAAGAUCCUCGUUUGCGAAGAAGCAGGAGAGGUAUUAGAGAGUCACAUCCUGACAGCUCUGCUCCCGUCAGUUCAACAUGCUAUCCUGAUAGGAGAUCAUCUACAACUACGACCACAGGUAGCGAACUAUGAACUCUCUGUUGAGAAUCCUCGUGGUAAGCAAUAUUCUCUAGAUGUGUCACUCUUCGAAAGGCUUGUGCGACCUGCUCGAAUGACCAACCUGAAAGUUCCUUUGGACACGUUGGAAAUACAGAGAAGAAUGCAUCCGUCUAUCUCUAAAUUAAUUCGAGACACGAUGUAUCCUACUCUUAAGGACGGCACACAAGUUAGAGACUACCCUGGGGUUAUUGGUAUGAAGAAACGGCUAUACUGGUUCGACCACGAUAAGCCGGAGGCACGAUCAAACCCCAACAACCCUACGAGCACAUCUAGGUCCAAUGAUUUUGAGGUUGAUAUGGCGUGCGCACUACUCUCUCAUAUCGUGCGGCAAGGCGUAUACGAACGCAAUGAUAUUGUGGUUCUCACGCCGUACCUUGGCCAACUACACAAAUUAAAGAGGAAUCUUCAAAGUUCUUUCAUGGUCGACGUCGAGGAUAGGGAUAUGGAAGCCUUACGUCAAGAAGGGUUGGAUACGGGCCCAUCGGUAUUCAAACAGGCCCUGGGGAGUUGUUUACGGCUCGCAACGGUCGAUAACUUCCAAGGCGAAGAAGCGAAGGUCGUUGUAGUCUCGCUGGUGCGUAGUAACCAAGACCGCCAAUGUGGUUUCUUGAAAAGCCCAAACCGGAUUAACGUUUUACUAUCACGAGCGAAGCACGGGAUGUAUAUAUUGGGGAACUCCGAAACAUAUGGUGCAGUCGAGAUGUGGUCCAACGUCAUUGGCAUGAUGAAGGCGGAAGGCAAUUUCGGCACAAAGCUACAACUACAGUGCCAGAGACACAAGGAUACACAUAUUGAGGUAUCGAAUCCUGAUGAUUUUACAAGACUAUCUCCGGAGGCAGGGUGCGAUGUCCAAUGCGCUAAGAAACUUGAUUGCGGGCAUACUUGUCGAAGCAAAUGCCAUGCAGCAACUUUACAUAAGGCCGUAAAGUGCUUAGAACCCUGUUCUAGACUGAAGGCGAGUUGUAGUCACGGUUGUCCUAGGACAUGUGGCAUGCCUUGUGAAGACGUAUGCUCAACGGUACUCCUAGGGGAGGAGCUACAUUUGUCUUGCGGGCAUAUUUUGACUUCACCUAGGUGUUGGCAAGCUCAAAAGCCAGAGGAUGUUAAAUGCUGCGAACUCGUGGAGAAGACAGUACCAGGUUGUAAUCACCAAGUGAAGGUGUUCUGUUCCGAGGAUGUGACUCAGAACAGUUUUGUUUGCCAGGCAAAGUGCGGCCAGCUUCUCCCAUGCGGACAUGCUUGUAAGGAUACGUGCAAAAACUGCAGAACCCGUUUUGAUGGAGAAGUUGAAAAGGAAAAGCACCAAAUUUGUACAUCAAUCUGCGGGCGCGAUUAUAAGGCGUGCAAACACGCUUGUGGUCGAGGGUGCCAUCCGGGAGAGGAUUGCCCUCCAUGCAGCAUGCCUUGUCCAGUUCAAUGCUCACACUCAAGGUGCCUCAAAAUAUGCUCCGAGGCGUGUACUCCUUGUUUAGUGGAAACUUGCUCGUCUAUCUGCCCACAUAGACAAUGCACUAUGCCCUGCGCGGCUCCAUGCAAUUGGCUUCCCUGCUCUCAAAGGUGCAAUAAACCGUUAUCUUGUGGUCAUCGAUGCCCGUCUGUUUGUGGAGAAAUCUGCCCUGAUACGAAGUACUGUCAGACCUGUGCCGAUGCGGAAGUCAAAGCCGCUAUGGUGGACCUAUUGAAGCUCCAAGAAUACCAGGAGGUCAAUUUAGAUAAAGAUCCAUGCAUAUUCCCAGAUUGUGGACAUGUCAUGAAAAUGUCAAGUAUGGAUGCUCAGUUGGGUAUGCUUGACCAUUAUCAGUUUGCGGAUAACGGCGCGAUUACAGCCGCCAAAACGAAAACUUCUUCUCAGUCUCCCUCAAGUUCCAAUAUCAAGGCCUGCCCGCUUUGUAGAGGUAGUUUGCGAAAAAUUUCGCGUUAUGGAGCAUUGGUUCGCCAGGGUUAUUUGGAUGAAUCUACCAAAAGAUUCAUUAGUCGAUGGCAUUCAUUAUCAGUGCGGUGGGAACAAUACAUCAUCGAUGAGCAGGGACGAUUGGAUCAUACCGACAUACCUCUUCAUACCCAACCAAUUGGAAGAAGCAGUCAGCUUCGCAUCAUGGGGAGCCUUGUUGAUCAAAUAGCUACCAUCCAUGAACGGGUUGGACGUGACCGGUAUCUGCCAGCAUACCACCUCUACAUAGAUGUGUAUCUAUAUCUCUUGAAAUUCAAGGACGAAGAAAAGCCAUACAAGCAGACAUUCAGUCGUAUUCGAGAUACUGGAAGUAUGGAGGGGCAGUCAACUAUCCGAACGCGCGGCGAAUUGUCAAUGCGGGCUACGUUAAUACGCUGCUAUCUCGUAGUUUUAGGUGACUUCUUGCGGUUAAAUGAUGCAACGCGGCUCACUGCUGUGCACUUUGACGCUGGCAAGGCUAUUGAGGAGUGUAAGAGCCUGAUUGAAAUGGCUCGCGAGACUAAAUAUGCCCGCCACGAGGCUGAAGGUCAUAUUUUCUAUGCAAGGCUUGUGGUAACAGUACGUCACAUAUGCCGCAACGCGCCCGAUAGUAGUAGCGGUAGUCGCGCAAUGGAAAAGGCUGAGGAGCACUUCUCCCUGGCGAAAGGCCUCGUUGCAAAAUACCGAUCGGCAGCAUAUCUACGAUCGGAACUUGAUGUGGUUAGAAGAAUGCUUGACCACAGCAUUGUUCAUGGCGAGGUAUCGGUGGAAGAAAAGCGUGGUAUUUGGUCCACGAUGGCUAAGGAGUUUACUGAAGGUCAGUGGUAUGUCUGCGACCAAAGUCACGCGUUUACCGCGACGGAAGAAUUAUCGGCGGAGGGAAUCGAGUGCCCAGAGUGUGGGGCACCCGCUCAUGCUCGUUGA